UCGAAGGCGACGCUAGAAGUUUCGAAGCAUCUGCAGGAGUGAUGUUGCUGCCGCUUAAAGUGUGAAGAAAGUGUGAAAAAGUGGUUUAUUACGAGAAAAUUCGUUGGAAAUGUCGUCAUUAGGAAUCAGCGGAACGCGAUCGUAUAAAAUUCGAUCGACUUAGUAUAUAUUUAGUGCGUGAUGUUGCUGGAUUCGAAAACCGUCCCCGGCGUCCCUCGCCGAGCGCCUAUAAAUAGCGAGCUGCAACGACGGAUCCGCGAAACUCGAGAGGGAGGGAGAGCCAACAUCGUUGAACGAGGGUUAAGGUAUAACGGUAGCCAAUUUACGCUGCUCGAAUCGAAGAGGAGCCCGCCUAAAAAGAUGCACCGUGGAGCGUCACUCGACACGAUUCCCUUUGAGAACGGUUCUAUACGUAUAUAUGUAAUAACGACCAGGAACACAGGCUCCUAAAAAGUGAACCACGAAGAAGACGAACGGCAUCGAGCAGCUAAUUGUCGAACGAGGCUGUGUUCCUGCGCAUCGAAGCGUAACGCGUUGAACGAGGUCACUGUUUUCUGCAAACGCUUCGCCGGGUUUGAACGAUGCAGACGCAAUGGAAAUGAAGGAGCCCGGCGUCCUCGAUCGGCCGCGAAAUUUCGCUUACGAUGCUCCCCGCCACGUGAUGUGGGAUGACGUGAUCGGAGAACCGGAAGGAAUACGCAGCCCGGAGUGCGCGUGGCGUCUCAGCGGCCACUGCUUCCGGCUGUCCAGAGGAUGCUGUUACGUGCUGCUGUCGGUUCUCAUCGCGCCUCUGCUCGCCCUUUGCUUCGGCUUCACCUUCGCCUGCCUCUCGUUUCAGCACAUAUGGUGUGUGGCCCCCUGCCUCCGUGUCUGGAAAAUCACGUUCGCGGCCAUGAGAAAUUUUCUCGCCACGGUGACGCAAGCCGUCGUGCGGCCGGUGAUGGACUCCCUGGGCUACAUGUUCCACAAUAUACGCGUGUACAAUCAAAAGCUGCCGGACGGCCCGCACAAGAAGGACGAUCUUCUGGUGGUGUGAACGGUGGUGUGUUCUUCUUGGUCGUUCAAGUGCCUCUGAGUGUUUCUCAUCGUCGUCAUCCAAGUGCCUUCACGCGAAUAAUAAUGAUCGGGCUAAAGGUGUUCGUGUAUUUAGCGUGUACACACGAACGACCGAGCAUUCUAAUUUGUCGGUUUAUUCGAACGAUUAGAGUCUCGUGAAACAUCUGGUCUGAAUUAGUUUGAGAAUGACUGCAAUUUACAAUUCACCGUCGACUAUAUUGAAUUUGACGGGACGAUCUUUUGAAUCGUUGCAGUAUUAACCCUUUGCCCUGUGGUGAAGAUUUCAAGUAGAAUUUAAUGAACACGAAUGUUAUUCAGUUCGUUUGAAUGCGAGUUAGAUGUUAUUCCUCUGUUGUCGAUGAUUAUACCUUAGAGCACACGUUGACGUAGAAUAAGAGAUUUUCUCUUAUUUUCGAUAAAUUAACCCUUUGAACUCUGUCGGCUACAAUAUUG